AUGACUGCAGUGGGUCCCACAAUCAAUACCAACGGGUUAUUUGUUCGAAAUCCAAAUCUACCGGAAAUCGAACCCCAGGCCGCACAUACUUCAAUUAACCCAUCUACUAGCGCAUCGACUAGCACAACGGUUACCCCUGUUAUCCCAAUUGGUAACAAUAAUCCUAACAAUAAUAAUGGUGAGAAGUCAUGGCUCCGUCGAUUUGUCACAUUGCCCUUAAACCUGAUGAAAGUCUGUGUCGGCACUAAAAAAGAAGAACCAGUGCCAGAAGAGUAA